GCAUAAACCCGUUUGUUUCGUCGCGUUGCUAUGUAUCGUUGUUGCGCCAGUGCUCUCGCGCUCCUCUUGGUUAGGCCGUAUGCUAGAUGGGCGGAGGGUUAGCUAACUUAGCUGAGCUGACGUUAGUAACGUUACAAAAUGUAAACUUAUCCUCAGCGUUUAAUGCAUUUCAAUCUUGUCCUACUGGUAACGCUAUUCCAUCUCAAUGUGUCAAAUUAGCCCGUUUGCACGAGGCUGUUUGCAGAAAAGUUUGAUCAGGCCUCAUUGUUGCUGACCAGGAUGAUUGACGUUCGGGCGUGGGCAGAGUAUGUCGUGGAAUGGGCGGCCAAAGACCCCUACGGCUUCCUCACCACUGUCAUACUGGCUCUCACACCGCUCUUCAUUGCCAGUGCACUGCUGUCCUGGAAACUGGCCAAGAUGAUUGAGGCACGGGACCGGGAGCAGAAGAAAAAGCAGAAGCGUCAGGAAAACAUAGCCAAGGCCAAGAGGACCAAGAAAGACUAAAUCCUGUGGGUAGAAUGAGGGCGUAAAAGAGGAGCCGCCACCAUGCUCACAGUCCUCCUUAUGCCAAUAAAGACACGGUGCCCUCCGCACUGGGCCACUACGCCUCACAUCCAGGGUAGGAGUCUGGCCCCGUAGGCCCAACAGUGCUGAGACAGACGGUACUGCCCGAAGGAGGCUCGUCCUGGUGGGACUUUGGUCAGCAAGAGCACAGUGGUCAUCUGUAUGUUAUUGUACAGAAAUCCACUGAUAAUAUUGUGCAGCUGUUGCAACCCCUUGCAUUCCAUUGUUAGCCUCCAUAUUCUGCUGAAUUGAAGAUGUAAUGAGCAUACUGGAAGUUUCCCCCAAAAUAUCCCAAAUACACCUUUUUAAUAAAGUUUUCAUGGUUGAUAAGAAUCUAUUUUUCCUCUGUAGAUUUAACAAAAAAAAAUUCUUAAAUUCCUUGGAAUUGAAAGGAUUUGUCCCGUUAUGUUUAAUUGUUUUGAACAGAGUGAAUUUGGGCUUUUAUGUACUCGUGGUCUAUAAAGAAACCAUGUCUUUCUGAAAAAAAAACUCUUCAAAGAAUUAUAAAUGUGGAAAAGCCAGUUGUCUUUAAAAGCAAAUUUCUUACAGUGGUAACUUUAUUAACUAUAAGCUAAAAAGGAGAGACCCAGGAUUGUUUAGGCCAGAUUUUGAUAUCAAAUUGUUUAUAAACUGUAUGCUCCAAAUUUAGAUGCAUUGGCGAAUUGGUUCGUUUCUAGAUUUGUUUUAUUAAAAACAAAUAACAUUACUUCUCCUUGGGCUCAGUCAGAAGAUUGAGACAAUCAUAUUGAGUUGGGAGACCAUGUUUUCAUCUCCACUAUACAGGUUUAUGCUGCUGGCGGUUUCAGGUUAUUUUUCACCCCGGCUGAACUUUCUCCAUUAACUCUGGCUAACGUGGUCUCAAGUGAAAUAACAUCUUACUCGGGAUCAAUAUACUGAAAUAACACCUUCCAAUCUUUUGAUUUACAAGCAGUGAACAUUAGCACAGUAUUUAAUGUAAGCCGGGUUUCAUGGCACCAUCUUCAUGGACUCAGCUGAUGUAAAGGUUCAAUUUAUCGUGACAGUGAUCUUAUCUACAUGCCCACAGGAUUAAACAUGUGCUUCCCCCCCCCCCCC